AAAGGACCUGGACUCGAGCUUCGGAAAGUUCUCGACGCAUUUCUGUUACAAUGAACAGACACGACCAUAGAUUCAGUAUUUACAAUCCAAAACGAAAUGAGGCAAUGUGGAAAAGGGAAUUAUUCGUUAACAACGAAGGAAAGGACAUAAAAGAUUUUCAAAUCAAGGAUAUCUACGGACCAGAGAUAACGGAUAAAGAUGGAGCGCUUUUGGAUAAGCACGACAGCUUUUAUUUGAAUACGAAGAGUUUACUUGUACUCUUCCAGAUAAUGGGUGUGAUGCCGAUUAUGAGAGUUCCAAAAAGUGCUCAAACAACAAGAAGAACAACCUAUAAUUGGAUAUCAAAAGCCACUCUGUGGGCUUACUUAGUCUGGGGUCUUGAAUGCAUUAUUGUUGUUAAAGUUGGACAAGAGCGUUUGGCUAACUUCCAGAUCGGCUCUAAUAAGCGUUUUGAUGAGGUUAUUUACAACAUCAUAUUUCUGAGUAUACUUAUACCGCACUUCCUUCUGCCUAUCGCUUCUUGGAGGCACGGCCCUCAAGUGGCAAUCUUUAAGAAUAUGUGGACCCACUAUCAGUUGAAAUACUUAAAGAUCACCGGAAAACCCAUAGUUUUUCCGAAUCUGUACAUCUUGACAUGGGGUUUGUGUAUAUUCUCAUGGGUUCUAAGCUUCGCAGUCGUGCUGUCGCAGCAUUAUUUACAAGACGACUUCGAACUAUGGCAUUCUUUUGCCUACUACCACAUCAUUGCGAUGUUGGAUGGAUUUUGUUCUCUUUGGUACAUUAACUGCAACGCGUUUGGCACGGCGUCCCGGGGCUUGGCAAUAAAUCUGCACAAGGCUCUAGAGGCGGAACACCCAGCGCUGAAGUUGGCUCAAUACCGCCACCUGUGGGUUGAUCUGUCGCAUAUGAUGCAGCAAUUGGGCCGCGCUUAUUCCAACAUGUACGGCAUUUACUGCAUGGUAAUAUUCUUCACAACAACAAUAUCAUUGUAUGGCGCCUUAUCGGAAAUCUUAGAGCACGGCCUAAGUUACAAGGAAAUGGGCUUGUUUGUCAUUGUCGCUUACUGCAUGACGUUACUCUUCAUAAUAUGUAAUGAGGCCUAUCACGCUUCGAGAAAGGUGGGUCACGAGUUUCAAGAUCGUCUCUUGAACGUGAAUCUGGGAGCGAUAGACCGAAGCACUCAACGUGAAGUGGAAAUGUUUCUGGUGGCCAUAGCCAAAAAUCCGCCCAUUAUGAAUUUAGACGGCUUCACUAAUAUUAAUAGGGAAUUGUUUACUGCUAAUAUAUCGUUUAUGUCCACGUAUUUAAUUGUUUUGAUGCAAUUUAAACUCACGCUACUUCGUCAAGGAGCUCGGAAGACGGUAACAGCUAUUGUGCGAGCUAUCUUCAACACUACAAUUACUGAUAAUGGCGCUGGUGGAAGUGAUGAAGAUCAAGAAUGAAGCCAAAUGAUCAUAAAUAACAGUUACCCGGGGCAAGCGUUCUAGCAAAGAGCCCUUGUUUUAUCUUGCAUUGUAAUUUUUGAUGAAUUAUCUAGAAUAAAUUUACUGUAAACUCUCA